GCUGUCUCCCGGCCUGUGUGGAGCUUGGCGGCAGCAGACGCGGCGGUGGCGGCGGCACGGCGCAGGCACCGGUCCCCGGAGCGGCAUCAUGAGCGGGUCACAGAACAAUGACAAAAGACAAUUUCUGCUGGAGCGACUGUUGGACGCAGUAAAACAGUGCCAGAUCCGCUUUGGAGGGAGAAAGGAGAUUGCCUCGGAUUCUGACAGCAGGGUAACCUGUCUGUGUGCCCAAUUUGAAGCCGUCCUGCAGCAUGGCUUGAAGAGGAGUCGAGGAUUAGCUCUCACUGCAGCUGCCAUCAAACAGGCAGCGGGCUUCGCCAGCAAGACCGAGACAGAGCCCGUGUUCUGGUUCUACGUGAAGGAAGUCCUCAACAAGCAUGAGCUGCAGCGCUUCUACUCCCUGCGCCACAUUGCCUCAGACGUGGGCCGGGGCCGGGCUUGGCUGCGCUGCGCCCUCAACGAGCACUCCCUGGAGCGCUACCUGCACAUGCUCCUGGCAGACCGCGGCAGGCUCAGCACUUUUUAUGAAGAUUGGUCUUUUGUGAUGGAUGAAGAAAGAUCUAGCAUGCUUCCCACUAUGGCAGCUGGUCUGAAUUCCAUACUCUUUGCAAUCAACAUUGACAACAAGGAUUUAAACGGGCAAAGUAAGUUUGCUCCCACGGUCUCAGACCUCUUGAAGGAGUCCACGCAGAAUGUGACGUCCUUGUUGAAGGAGUCCACGCAAGGCAUGAGCAGCCUCCUCAGGGAGAUCACAGCCUCUUCUGCCGUCUCCAUCCUCAUCAAACCCGAGCAGGAGAGUGACCCGCUGCCUGUCGUGUCCAGGAACGUCAGUGCUGAUGCUAAAUGUAAAAAGGAGCGGAAGAAGAAAAAGAAGGUGACCAACAUUAUCUCAUUUGAUGACGAGGAAGAUGAGCCGAACUGUGGGGAGGUUUUGAAAAAGAUACCUGGGGCAGGGGAGAGCUCGGAGGAGAACUCUGACCGCUCCUCAGUCAAUGUUAUAUCUGCCUUUGAAAGCCCCUUUGGGCCAAAUUCCAAUGGGAGUCAGAGCAGCAACUCAUGGAAAAUUGAUUCUCUGUCUUUGAAUGGAGAGUUUGGGUACCAAAAGCUGGAUGUGAAAAGCAUUGACGAUGAAGACGUGGAUGAAAACGAGUAUGAUGUGUAUGGGAACCCAUCAGGAAGGAAGCACAUGAGCCAUUCAGGGUCACCAGAGAAGCCGCUGGAUGGGAACACCUGCCUCUCCCAGGGGCACGGCUGGGCUCCGCUGCAGGUGCUGCAUGGCGAUGCUGACAUCCUCUUCCCUGUCAGUGGAGUGGGCUCCUAUGGCCCAGCAGAUGUGUCCCUGAGAAGCCUGGAGAAUGGGGCGGGACCGGAGGACCACGCUCUGCAGGAGCCUGGAAUUCGGUAUAGUGUGGAAGCUGGUUCUCCAGGCCAAGGAAGUCCUCUGAGCAGCCUGCUCCCCUCUGCCUCGGUGCCAGAGUCCAUGACAGUUAGUGAACUGCGCCAAGCCAUCGUGGCCAUGAUGAAUAGGAAGGAUGAGCUGGAAGAAGAAAACAGGUCACUGCGGAAUCUGCUUGACGGUGAGAUGGAGCACUCAGCUGCACUGCGGCAAGAAGUUGACACCUUGAAAAGGAAGGUGGCUGAGCAGGAGGAGCGGCAUGCCACGAAGGUUCAGGCAUUGGCCAGGGAAAACGAGGUGCUCAAAGUCCAGCUGAAGAAAUAUGUAGGAGCUGUCCAGAUGUUGAAAAGAGAAGGUCAAACAGCUGAAGUUGUGCCAAAUCUUUGGAAUGUUGAUGGAGAAGUUACAGUCCCCGAACAGAAGCCUGGAGAAAUUGCUGAAGAGCUCGCGAGCUCCUAUGAAAGAAAGCUCAUUGAGGUAAGGCCUCCCGGGAGGGCUGUGUACACCAUCGUCGCUCCUAGUGCCCUCACUCUGGGGACUCCAGGGAAGGUCCAGCCUACUCAAACAGGGACUUCAGCAAAACAAUCCAACAACAAAAUGCAAAAAGAAUCAGUGUACUUGAUAAGAAAAGGAGGAAUUGGGUCUUUAAAAAUAUGACUUAGUUAUAAACA